UUCGCUAUUCAAAAUGGCACCGUCUCAAUCAGGAAGUACGGGAAACAACUACGAAGACUAACUUGGAUAAAUACCCCGGUUCGAGCUACUUUGACACGAGAGCUCGUUCAAAAUCGGGCCAGGUGUCUUGGUGGUUAAGACUGACUGCAAAUAGCCCGCUCACGGUCAUGGAGAGCGCUUGUCCUCGUUGAAGUGCCGACUCGUACGCAGCCAGCGCCUGGGUGGCAGUAGAGGGGUGCAUAGUCUAAGCCUGCUGGUAGUCAUGUGUGAAGCUCUGGUCUGAUGUCCACCCUUACCUCAGUGCUGGCCAUGGACGGGGAGAACUACCUGCAUCCAGAAGGCCCUCAGCUGAACAGCAGCAUGUUCUCAGUGGGCCCCUCAAACAUGGAGAGUUCAAUAUUUGGCUCCUCUGGUACCUGGGGACCCAUCUCUCAGCAGCCUGGAUACUGCCCUAUGCAAUCUGGAAACCAGCAAUACCACUUGAAUAGCAGCACUACCACCAACAUUCCUGAUAUGCACAUGAGCAUGUACCCGGGAUUCCCUGACAUGGACUUUAGCAGCCUCGGCCUCUCCAAGAAUGGGACUGGAGACUUCCCCCAGGACCUGUCCUGCAUCGAUGACCUCUCCAACUCUCUGUUCUCCUCCCCGGCGGACUCGCUGUCAGAGUAUGCCGACUCCCAGCCCUACAUCGGCCCCAAUCCCAGCGAUGCGAUGCCCACGCUCUGGGACGUUAACACUAGCAACACCACACAAGCACAGAGCCACUUAGAGAAUGGCACCAGCAGGUUUCAAGGCUUGACCAGUUUGGGCGAUAUUGCUGCUAUAAUCAGCACUCCUUUAGGACUCCAGCCUCAGGGAACGCAGCCGCCACCACCAGAGGAGGAAGAGGAGGCUGAGGAGGAGGAAACAGAGGAGCUCGGCCAUGUGGACACAUACGCAGAGUACAAGCCCUCAAAAUCCACGAUAGGAAUUUCACAUCCUGACAUAGUUGUGGAAACCAACACACUGUCCAGCGUCCCUCCUCCCGACAUCACAUACACCCUGUCUAUCCCGGAGCCAACUAUCAACAGUGGCCUGCUGUCUGCACUACAGUUAGAGGCUAUCAUCUACGCCUGUCAGCAACACGAAGUGAUUCUCCAGAACAACCAGAGAGCGGGCUUCCUGAUUGGAGACGGGGCAGGCGUUGGAAAGGGACGCACCGUGGCAGGAAUCAUUCUGGAGAACUACCUUAAGGGACGAAAGAAAGCACUGUGGUUCAGCAUAUCCAAUGACCUGAAAUAUGACGCAGAGAGAGAUCUCAAAGACAUAGAUGCACCAAAUAUCCCGGUGCAUGCCUUAAACAAAAUAAAGUAUGGAGACACAGCUACCUCAGAAGGAGUCCUGUUUGCAACGUACUCUGCACUCAUUGGAGAGAGCCAGGCAGGAGGGCAGCACCGGACCAGAAUCAAACAGAUCCUGGACUGGUGCAAGCACGACUUCGAUGGAGUUAUUAUUUUUGAUGAAUGCCACAAAGCCAAGAACGCCACAUCGACAAAGAUGGGCAAGGCGGUCCUCGACCUGCAGAACAAGCUGCCGCAGGCCAGAGUGGUGUACGCCAGUGCCACAGGUGCCUCUGAGCCAAAGAACAUGAUUUAUAUGAGCCGCCUGGGAAUCUGGGGCGACGGCACGCCCUUCAGGACCUUCGAUGACUUCCUGCAUGCCAUUGAGAAGCGAGGGGUCGGGGCUAUGGAGAUCGUGGCCAUGGACAUGAAAGUGAGCGGGAUGUACAUCGCCAGACAGCUAAGCUUCUCUGGCGUCUCUUUCCGCAUCGAGGAGAUCGGCCUGGACAGCGACUUCAAAGAGGUCUACAACAAAGCCGCCAAGCUGUGGGCGGAGGCGUUGAAAAUGUUCAUGCAGGCGGCGGACGAGCUGGGCCUGGUCAGCAGGAAGUCCCUGUGGGGACAGUUCUGGUCAUCUCACCAGCGCUUCUUCAAAUACCUUUGCAUCGCUGCCAAGGUGCGCUGCCUGGUGGAGCUGGCCCAGAAGGAGCUGGAGGCUGGAAAGUGCAUAGUCAUCGGGCUGCAGUCUACUGGAGAAUCGCGCACCAGGGAGGUCCUGGACGAAAACGACGGGCAUCUGGACAGAUUUGUUUCUGCAGCAGAGGGAGUAUUCCAGUCUCUCGUAACAAAGCACUUUCCUUCAGAGAAACAAAGGAGAGAGAAGGCACCGGGGAAUAAGAGAAAAAAAGGGAAGCCUCGAGGCCGCCAGCCAAAGAUGCCCAAGCACACGGUGGACAGCGGCGGCGUGAUCAACAUCUCCGAUGACAGCAGCAGCGACUCUGAGGGGAUGGACACGGACUCCAACUCCUCGCCAGACUCCCUGCAAGACAACGACGACGUCAUCUUUGUCAACCACACUAGCUGCCAGUCAGCCAGGAUAGAGGAGAUGAAGCAAAGCCUGCUCAAUAAAAUUGCUGAACUGGGAAAAGAACUACCUCUCAACACGUUGGACGUGCUCAUAGAUAAGUUUGGAGGACCGGAUAAAGUUUCGGAGAUGACCGGACGUAAAGGUCGCGUCGUGCGGCGUCCGGAUGGCACCGUUCGCUACGAGUCGCGGGCCGAGCAAGGCUCCACAAUCGACCAGAUCAACAUCAAGGAAAAGGACCGCUUUAUGACGGGAGAAAAGUUGGUGGCGAUCAUCUCAGAGGCAGCCAGCUCAGGGAUUUCCCUGCAGGCGGACAAGCGAGUGAAAAACCAGAGGCGAAGGGUCCACAUGACCCUGGAGCUGCCUUGGAGCGCAGACAGGGCCAUCCAGCAGUUCGGUCGCACCCAUCGCUCCAAUCAGGUCACGGCACCAGAGUACAUCUUCCUCAUCUCAGAGUUGGCCGGGGAGAGACGCUUCGCAUCUAUCGUGGCCAAAAGACUGGAGAGCCUGGGGGCUUUGACCCACGGCGACAGAAGAGCCACUGAAUCGAGGGACCUGAGCAAGUACAACUUUGAGAACAAGUAUGGUACCAAGGCCCUGGAUAAAAUCACCAAAUCAAUCAACGGCCACAUAGAAAACAAGGUGCCCCCUCCCAAAGGAUACCCCGGCGGCGAUUCAGUGUUCUUCAGAGACAUGAAAGUUGGAAUGAUGGAUGUGGGCAUCAUCUGUAAGGAGCCUCGCUUCGGCAUCAGUACUGAGAAAGACUGCAGCAUCACCAAGUUCCUGAACCGCAUCCUGGGCCUGGAGGUCCACAAGCAGAACUACCUCUUCCAGUACUUCACGGAUAACUUCGACUUCCUGAUUGAGAAAGACAAGAAGGAGGGCAAAUACGACAUGGGAAUCCUAGAUCUGGCCCCCGGCAACGACGAGAUUUAUGAGGAGAAGCAGGAGACUUUCCUGACAGUCGGAAAUCCUCAGGACGGACAGGUCGUUCUUUACAAGAUCAGCGUGGACAGAGGAAUGCCCUGGGACGAGGCGUACAACAGGUCGCUGAAGCUCACCGGUCCUGAUGAGGGAUUCUACAUUUCUUACAAGCUGCGAGGUAACAGUCCGUGUGUGCUGCUGGCCGAGCAGGGACGAGGCAGAAACUUCAACAUCUACAAGCCCAACAUCGGCAAGCAGACGCAGCCUGAGAGCCUCAGCAACCUGCUGCAGCGUUACAAGAAGGUUUCUUACCUGGAGGCCCAGGAGUGCUGGGAGAACCAGUUCACCUUUUCCUUCAAGAACUGCAGCCACGCCAACUGGAAUGGGAAGUGUAAGAAAAUCGAAGAGGGCCAGGAGUGUCUGCAGGGCAUGCGCCUCCGUCAGUAUCACAUGCUGUGUGGAGCUUUGUUACGCGUGUGGAAGCGGGUCUCCGACGUGGUAUCGGACAUCACCAGCUCCAGCAUCCUGCAGAUCGUCCGCCUCAAAACUAAGCAGCACAACAAGCAAGUCGGCAUCAAGAUCCCAGAGAACUGUGUGGCCCGCGUGCGUGACGAGCUGCUGCAGAUGGACAACGAGGUGAAGAAGAGGCGGAAAGAGAAGGAGCGGCAGGAGCAGAUGCGGAAGAUGGAGCAGGAAAACAAGCAUCUCCUGGAGAACCUGUUCAAUUCCAAACCCAUGCCGAACCAGUCGCUCGCUCAGACUCUGCCGCCCAGCGCCCUGCAGAGGACUCAGCAUGGGGGCUUCCCCCAGUUACAGGAGAUGCAACAGCAGCCCCCCCACGGCAUGUCGAUGUUUCCCUUACAGAACCUCAUCCAGCAAAGGACCCACAACGGCUGGCCAAACACUUCCUCCUCGUCCAGCAGCAACGGCCAGGUGUGCCAGCCCGGCACCGUCAGCCACAGAUUCCCUCCGUUUUUUAACUCUUUCCAACAACAAAAGAACCCGUCGCUCCCCCUCCACCAGUUCACGCCGGCUCCCAGCUUGUCUUCCAAGAACCCCCUGGAUGAAAUCCUGGACCUGACCGUGAGCCCGCCCUCCUCGUCCCCGGACAGCACGACCGCCAACCCGGCGGCGUUCGUGGAAGAUUUUAAUCUGGAAGCCCUCUUGAACCCCGCGGCGGCAGGCACGUCGGGCGCCGCACAGACACAGCCCCCUCAGAACGACCUGCCGCACCUGCUGCAGGCCCUCCAGCACUCGCCGGAGAGCGUGCAGGCGCCGCCGUCCCAGAUGGACCUGCAGCACAUCCUGCAGGCUCUGCAGCAGACGACGGAGACGGCGCCGCCGCCCCCGUUCGACCUGCAGCAGCUGCAGAACCCCAACAUGCUGGUUAAUAACCAGGACUUACUAGAUCUCUUCGGCUUGCCCCUGUCCCCACCCAUGUCCGCGCAGAAAGCCAACCCGUCGUCUUCCACCUCCUCCUGUACGUCCUCCACAUCCUCCUCCUCCUCGUCGUCGUCUCACUUCUCCAACCCGCCGUCCUCCUCGUCCUCCUCGUCCUCCCUCUUCUCCAGCACGUCCUCUUGCUUCCCGGGCCCCUACCACCUCCCCCCCUCGAACUCCCUACCCAACGGCCACUGCAGCUCGGGCGCUCUGGACGUUCGCGAGGCUCUGAACAGCAUGCUGCAGGCUGGGGCGGACCGCAAGUCCGUCAUUCAGUACCGCCAGCAGGACUAGGAGCUCGAAUAGUUACAAACUGUCUGGAUUUUGUCCCGUUUUUUUCUUUUUUUUUUUUUUUUGGUGUUCGGUUGUGUCUUUUUAAAGCAGAUCGCAUCUUGUUUGCUGCUGUCCAGAAUCGCACCCUCAGACUCGUCCCCUCCUCUCCUCUCCAACCCCCCCCCCCACCCCCUCAGGGCCUAUAGUCACGUCACUGCCUGUCCUGUGCUGGACUCCCUCCUCCUCCCCGAGGUGAUGGCAGACUCAGUUGAGAUCAGAUUUCUGCACCAAAGCGUGCCCUUCACAGUAAAAAAAAAGGCAGCUCUUUUAAAAGUUGUUGUUUUGUUGUUGUUGUUUUUUUUUAUUCCCACACACAAAAAAAAAAAAGGAAGUGGGUAAAAAAAAUGACCACCUUUUAGUGAAACCGGGAGCUGUCAGAAACAAAAACAAAAAAACGCAAAUCUCAUUCGCUGAGGCGGUGAAAUCUUUAAGGAGAAACGAAUCCCGCUGCUGAGUUGUACGAGGUGUGAUGGGCGAAGUUGCUGGAAGCUCUAAAAUGCCUCUCACUAUUUAUGACCUUUGCUUUUUUCUGUUACUUUCAGUGACUUAGAAAGUUCUUUUAUGUUUGUUUGUUUU